AUCGUUAGAUCAAGAAAGCAGACUAAAAUAUUGGUCACUGUCUAUCAGUGUGUACCUGAUAAUCAGAUAGUACCUAUCCAGUGUUAUACUGAUGCUGAUGCGGAAGAAAAUUUCUAUACAUGUACAUGGAGCUUGAGUGAUAGCGGAGAGGUGUUAUUAGCAGUGGGCGGAGUCAAAGGAAUAAUUAGAAUAUUAAGUACAGAUACAAUGCAGUGCAUUAUUACGUUUACAGGUCAUGGUAAUGCUGUGAAUGAGUUACAGAUUCAUCCAAAAGACAAUAACCUCCUACUAUCAGCUAGUAAAGAUUAUGCCCUGAGGCUCUGGAAUAUAAAGACAGCCAUUUGUGUUGCCAUAUUUGGAGGUGUGGAUGGUCACAGAGAUGAAGUCUUAAGUGCUGAUUUUAAUUUUGAAGGUACUUGUAUA